AAAAUUUCUCAAAAAAGGAGUUUUAUUUAAUUCAAUUAUUUUUAAAAAAGAUAUUAUUUAUAAAAAUUUCUAUUUUUAUUUAAUGGAACAGUUAAAUUAUUUUAAACUUUCUUAAAUUUGGGUAACUGGCUCAGGAAGUACUGGAUUACUUUUAUAAAAUAAUUUAGAUGAUAUUUAUGAAUUUAAAGUUUCUUAAAUAGAUGAAUAAACCGAUUAAAUAUAAAUAUAAAAAUUAGAAAUAAAUGGUAUGAUGGGCUUAAUAUUAACAAUAGAUGGUAAAGUAUAUAAAUAUGGAGAAAGUGAGUUUAUUAAGAAUUCAAACAAAAUUAAUAUAUUGUAAAUUCCUAAACUAAUUUAAGAAAAUUAAAAAAUAAAAAAUAUUUCUUGUGGAUGGCAUCAUGCUUUACUUAUAGAUUUUGAUAAUAAUUUAUAUGGAUUUGGCUCAAAUAAAUUUGGAGAAAUAGGAAAAGGCGAAAAUAAUAAAAGAAAUUUUGAAAAUCCAUAAUUUAUUUUUCAAUUAAAUGGCGAAUAUAUAUUAAAAUGUGGUUUUCGCUAAAGUAUCAUUAUAGAAAAAUAAUAAAAUAAAUAAUAAAAGGUCUAUUGUACUGGAUAGAACAAAUUUUUUGAAUUAGGAGGUUUUAUUGAUAAAAAGAUUUUGUAUUAAUUUGAAGAAAACAAAGAAAUUAAUUUUUAAAUUAAAUAAAUUUCCUGUGGAUACAAAUUUGUUUGUGCUUUAGAUUAUGAAGGAAAUCUUUUUGGAUGGGGAGACAAUAAAUAUGGAUAAUUGACUGGAGAAAAUAUUAAAUAUGAAAAUAUUAUAAAAAUUAAUGAAAAUGUAAAAGAAAUGUGUACAGGAUGGAAUCAUAUAUUAGUUUUGAAAGAUAAUAAUGAAAUAUAUUGCAUAGGUAGAGGUGAUUUAGGAUAAUAAGGAAAUAAUAAAUUAGAGAAUUCUAAUUAAUUUCAUUAAAUAUAAAAAAUAUAAGGAAAUGUAUAAUUAAUUUAAUGCGGUUCUGAAUGUAAUUAUUUAAUAACUUCUUAAGGUUUAUAUGUUUGGGGAUGGAAUGAACAUGGUAAUUUAGGUACGGGAAAUACAUAAAAUGUUUUAGAACCUUUGUUAAUAUAUAAAUAUUAAAAUUUAAAUGUUUAAAACAUAAUUUCAGGAGGUGCAGUUUGCUAUUUAAAAGAAAAUAGAAAAACUAAUUAAUAAAUAUGA